AAGAUGGCAGGCCUGCGCUCCCCUGGAUGUUAACUUACCUCAAAGCUACCACCGAAGAAGAAGUCGGAGCGGCUUCAGACAACGCAAAAACGACGCGACUUUCAACAGAAUAAUGGCGUCGUACGAGGAGAGCGAACUAGAACGUAAACAACACGAAGCUAAUGGCAAGAAUCACAUCGCGAUGCACAUCCAAGGCGUCCAACAAUUGAUCGAUCAUCAGGAUGGGAGAUCGAGUUUGGACCAAGAGGGUUCACAGGUCCCGCACGUUAAACAGGAAGAGGAGGAGACUGACGUCAGCAAGUUGCCACUGACUGUCGUUUUUGUGAAGAGUGAAGACGACAAAGACGAACCGGCCGAGCGGUCACGGCUUCAUCGUAGCAGUGCAAGUGGGGGACCCCCACCAGAAGACCUCUUAGCUCCACUUUCGGGCAGCGACGACACAGAAGAACCUUUGAGGAGCUGCUCAGACUGUCAAAAUGACAACAAAGAGUGCUGUGAAAAGGAAACAACUCUGGGCAACUUGGAAACAGUUUGUGUUAAACGUUCCGCUAAGAAACAACACGCCAAGACGCACGCAGGAGAAAAACCUUUUAGUUGCCCAUUUUGUGGUAAAACGUUUGCUCGAAAGGAGCAUGUGCAGGCACACGUGAGAAUACACACUGGAGAGAAACCCUUCAGCUGCUCGACCUGUGGUAAAGCAUUCCCUCAUAAGGAAACCAUGAUUGCACACCUGAGAUCACACACGGGAGAAAAUCCCUUUGGUUGUUCAAUUUGCGGUAAAACGUAUUCUCGUAAGACACACGUGGAAUCGCACAUGAGAACACACACGGGAGAAAAACCCUUCCCUUGCUCAGUUUGUGGUAAAAUGUUCUCGCAAAAGCCAAACAUGGUUAAACACAUGAGAAUACACACGGGAGAAAGGCCAUUUGGUUGCUUAUUUUGCGACAAAGCAUUCCUUCAUAAGUCGCACGUAGAGUCGCACAUGAAAAUCCACACGGGAGAAAAACCCUUUAGUUGUUCAGUUUGUGAGCAAACAUUCUCCCAGAAGCAAAAUCUGGUGUCACACAUGAGAACGCACACAGGAGAAAAGCCUUAUAGUUGCUCAGUUUGUGGGGAAAGCUACGCUCAGAGUAAGACUUUGACUGCACACAUGAUGCGGAGACACAACAAAGACAGGGAAAUGUGCAGUAAUCCCCCGCAAUAGCGCCGCACAAACCAAUUUGCCCGAGUUUCCUGAAAAUAAUCUUUUGUACAAAUAUAGAUCGUUGUCCUGUUCGUCUUCAUUCUUUAGUAUUUUUGAGGCCUUAUUGGAUGCUUUGCCAAGUUGAGAUUUAGUAAAGCUGCCACCUACACCAAAGGUAUGUAAACGAAUAUUUGGAGCAAUACUACAUUGUCCUAAAGGUUAGACACACGUUUCCUCAAUUUAGAAGUUUUAUAUUGAUUUUUAAAUGUUUUUUUAAUUUGGAAAAAAAAAAUCCGCGAUGUAGUGAAGCCGCGACAAACGAAACGCGAAGUAGUGAGGGAUCACUGUAUUACGCGCCCAUCCGGUCAACAAAAUAGCUCAGUACUACUAUUAGACAGGAAAAACUCGAGCUGCAGCGGCAGCACUGAACACUCAGUGAAGACUCAUUAUUUAGCAACAUGAGAAAAGGCGGGACGACACUGGCGUCACUAUUUUGGAUAUCUUUUUGCCCGCGGGAUCUUUAAAAUAAAAGUGUCCUAAUACGGCAAGUGAUUGGUUCAUUGCAAGCAUUUACAAUAAAAGGCAUUAAAGC